AUGGAAAAAGAAAUGGAAUCCCUUAAAACUAACGAAGUAUGGAACCUAGUUCAACUGCCCGAGAAUCGUAAAGCCGUUAGCAGCAAGUGGGUAUUUCGAGUUAAAACAGAUGCGGACGGAACAGUUGAAACACACAAGGCCCGGCUCGUAGCUCAAGGUUUCAGUCAAACAUUUGGUGACGAUUAUGAUGAAACAUUUUCACCUGUAGCUAGGUUUGAAUCAGUUCGAACAGUAGCGUUAGCUGCACAGCAUGGUUUAAAGCUUCAUCAAAUGGACGUCACAACAGCAUUUCUGAAUGGAGAUCUCAAAGAAGAAGUCUACAUGAAACAACCGGAAGGUUUCACUGAGAAGGGAAAAGAACACCUGGUCUGCAGGUUGUCUCAAUUUUUACUGACUUGGAAUGUAACCAUAGAAGGACCACAGGCAAAGCAUGCUG